CUCCAGACAACGCACGUUACUUGUUUCACUGCAAGUAAGGCUUUCGUCAGCGCACUGCAAUACGGCAGGGCAAUUGUGUCCAUCUGGCUUGUGCGAUCCCAAUGACAAGUCCCCGGUUUAUUCUCGCCGUGAAACUAUCGCAUGUACUACUGGUGGUUCUUUGUGUGACCGAUGCAGAACUGCCACAGCGUCGCAAGAGACAUACGCAAGUCAGCCGUUUGUGGGUGGUUUCCCCAAGCCGGGGUGAGGCAUGGCCCCGCCCCAUGAACCAGACCACCAGCGACCAUUUAAUCUUGCUGAACCCCAAUACAUUCGACUUUGUGUUCGCCGGGCCUUCUGGAGGCUGUGACAUCGCCCAUCGCGCUCUGAAGCGAUAUCGCCACAAGCUGCUAUUCAGAGGCUGCGCAGCGCCGAGGGGCUUCGAUGGCGGCCAGCGGAGGGUACCUCCUCGGAGCGCUGUUGACGGUGUGCCUGUGGCAGUCUUAAACUCGCUCCUCGUGCGUCUAAAUGGACCAUGCGAACGUAUACCGCAUCACGACAUGGAUGAAUCAUAUACUCUGCAGCUGACGGCAGACUCAGGGUCUUUACUCACAGCCAAUUCUGUUUGGGGCCUACUCAGGGGCCUUGAGACGUUCAGCCAAAUAGUGUACCCAUACAAUGCCUUUGAGUUUGCUGUGAACGAGACAGUGAUUUACGAUGCCCCCCGGUUCAAGCAUCGUGGUCUCCUUAUUGACACAUCAAGACACUUUCUUCCAUUGAAGAAGAUCAUCGAGACACUGGACGCUAUGGCCUACAAUAAGAUGAACGUCCUCCACUGGCACAUGACGGAUGACCAGUCUUUUCCGUUUGUCAGCCGGACCUUCCCAGCAAUGAGUGAAAAGGGUGCCUAUGAUUCCGAAACACAUGUGUACAGGCCCAUUGACGUAAAAUAUGUAAUCUACAAGGCUGCAUCCAGAGGCAUUCGCGUCAUGGUUGAAUUCGAUACACCUGGCCACACUCUUUCCUGGGGCAUGGCAUACCCCGAGCUGCUGACCACGUGUUAUGACGGUGAUGUUCCCAAUGGGGAGCUUGGGCCUGUUGACCCAACGCGCAAUGAGACGUACAUUUUUAUGAGUCGCUUUUUCAUGGAGGUGGCACACGUGUUCCCAGACCAGUAUGUGCAUCUGGGAGGAGAUGAAGUCAGCUUCGACUGCUGGAAGUCGAAUCCAAACGUGACUAGCUUCAUGCGAAAAAUGGGAAUCUCACGUUUCGACAAGCUGGAGGAGCACUACAUACAACGAUUGCUAGAGAUCGUUCAGGCCUUGGGAAAAAGCUACGUAGUUUGGCAAGAGGUAUUCGACAACAAUGUGAAGAUUGCUCCUGACACUGUGGUACACGUGUGGAAGCCGCCGCAAAACGAGGAGUUAGCCUUGGUAACAUCUGCUGGCUACAAGGCUCUUCUAUCAACUUGUUGGUACCUGGACCACAUAUCGUAUGGUUCUGACUGGAAGAAGUACUAUGCCUGCGACCCUCACAAUUUUUCAGGUGAUUUUCAACAGAAAGCUCUAGUGAUUGGCGGCGAAGUUUGCCUGUGGGCAGAAUAUAUUGACGCCACUAAUAUCAUUAGUAGGACUUGGCCAAGGGCAUCAGCGGCGGCUGAACGACUCUGGAGUCAAGUCACGGUGGACAGCGUGGAUGAGGCGGCACCCAGGCUUGAGGAGCAUCGCUGCAGAAUGAGAAGGUAA